AGAAAACUUGAGCGGAACCUUUCCUGAUUUUGUUUCAACCCGAGUAACCCAUGUUGCAUUUCCGGGUUGGAGUUUACGACACACACGUGAGGAUUCACUGGCCAGACUUGCACAUUUGUAGACUUUUGAUCCAGAAAAAAUGGAUGGGAAGGUUAAGAAACCGAGGCCGCAUCAGCAGAGGCACAGUGGACCAAAGGCAGAGAGGAAAAAAUUGAGAAAGCAGGGAGCCUCCACAGAGGAAGAUGAGCGCAAACGCAACCCCAAAGCUUUUGCAGUCCAGUCUGCUGUUCGCAUGGCCAAAACUUUCCACAGGUCCCAAGAUAUAAAGGCCAAAAAGCAUCACAUCCCUCUUGUGGACCGGACCCCUCUAGAACCUCCGCCUGUGAUGAUUGUUGUUAUGGGACCUCCUAAGGUUGGAAAAAGUACUCUGAUCCGGUGUCUCAUCAAAAACUUCACCAGGCAAAAGCUUGGUGACAUCUGUGGCCCAGUAACCAUCGUGUCAGGGAAGAAACGACGCCUCACGUUCAUGGAGUGUAACAAUGACAUAAAUACAAUGAUUGACCUCGCUAAAGUGGCGGACCUGGUUCUGAUGCUGAUUGAUGCCAGCUUUGGCUUUGAAAUGGAGACAUUUGAGUUCCUCAACAUCUGCCAGGUCCACGGCUUUCCGCGUAUCAUGGGAGUGCUGACUCACCUGGAUGCUUUCAAAAACAACAAGGCGCUGAGGAAGACCAAGAAGAACAUGAAACACCGCUUCUGGACCGAGGUCUACCAGGGAGCCAAGCUCUUCUAUCUGUCUGGGAUGGUGUACGGCGAGUACCAGACUCAGGAAGUGAAGAAUCUAGGCCGCUUCAUCUCGGUCAUGAAAUUUCGUCCACUGGUGUGGCAGACCUCCCAUCCUUACGUUCUGGCUGACCGUAUGGAAGAUUUGACUGACCCUGAAAAACUGAGGACAGACCCCAAAUGUGACCGCACAGUGUCCCUCUAUGGCUACCUACGAGGCACAUAUUUAAAAAACAAGUGCCAAGUCCACAUUCCAGGUGUGGGAGACUUCCAGGUGGCUGAUGUGAACUUUCUGCCAGACCCGUGUCCUUUACCAGAUGCUCAGAAGAAAAGGGCGCUGAACGAGAAGGAGCGCUUACUUUAUGCACCAAUGGCUGGAGUGGGAGGGGUAGUCUAUGAUAAAGAUGCCGUCUACAUAGACCUUCCUGCCAAUCAUGUCAAUAAACUCCAGGAGGAGGUCCGACCCACGACUGAGCUGGUGCAGUCUCUCAUUGACACACAUGCCACCCUGGAUGCCAAGAUGGCUGCUAGUAAAGUGUCUCUGUUCAGUGGAUCGGCUACUUUAGACUCUAGCAACAUUGAUGAACUGAAUGCUGGACAUCAAGAGGAGCUGGUUUGGGAUGAGAAGUCCCAGCGCAGGAGGAGGAAGGUUGUCUUCAAUGAGGAGGAGGGUGGCACCAGUGAUGAGGAAGAGGAUGAUGAAGGGGAGGAUGAAAACGAGGACAGCUGUGAUGAGAACAUCUCUGCUUUCAUCAAAGAAGCUCGAAGAAAUUCUGGAAAUCCUCCACUGAAGAAGCAGAAGUUGGGGAAGUCAGAAGACGGGGAUGUGACCGCUGAGGUACCUGUGUUUGCUGACAGUGAGGACGACUUGGAGAUGAGUGGAGAUGAGGUGGAAGACAGGACAGCGGAUUCUGGACACUCAUCUGUUGAAAGUGAUGAUGAUGAUGAUGAUGAUGAUGAAGACAGAGAAGAAGGUUCAGAGGAAGAGAAUGAUGGUGGGAUGCAGCCCUCUGAGAAUGACAGUGAGGAUGAGGGAGAAGAGACAGGGGCUCUGCGCUGGAAGGAGGGUCUUCUACAGAAAGCAUCGGAUGCAUUUCACAGACAGCAAGAAGCGACUCCAAAUCUGCGCAAACUGGUUUAUGGUUCAGUCGUUGAGGAGAAGGAUGAAGAAGAGGAGGAGGAUGAGGAGUUGGGAGGACUGUUUAGAGUGAGCCGCCCUCAAAAAAGUAAAGCUAACCAAUCAAAUGCUCUGGAUUGCUCUCGCUUUCACCUGAAUACAUCCCAUAACUGGGACGAUGAAGAGAUGCUGAACUCCAUCAGAAACUGCUUUGUGACAGGAAAGUGGGACGAAAGUCAAGAUGCAGCCACUUUGCUGAAAGAGGACGAGGAGAUGUAUGGAGAUUUUGAAGAUCUGGAAACUGGGGAAGUGCACAAGGGCCAAACACCAGAACAGGCCGAGCAGAACAGUGAAGACGAGGGUGAUGACAAUGAUAAAGAAGGAGAAAACAAUCAGCUGAAGGUUGAUGACGAUGAAGCUCAGAAAAACAUGCGCAUGGAAAAGAAACGCAGACUGAAGGAGAGAUUCAACGCAGAGUACGACGAUGGAGAUGCCACUUACUUCGACGAUCUGAAGGACGAGAUGCACAAGCAAGCCGAGCUCAAUCGAUCUGAAUUCAUGGACGUUGAUGAUGAGACCAGAGUCCAGUAUGAAGGGUACAGACCUGGCAUGUAUGUCAGAAUAGAAAUCUCCUCUCUACCCUGUGAGUUUGUCACCAACUUUGACCCACACUACCCCAUCAUCCUUGGAGGCCUGGGAUCCAGUGAGGGCACUGUGGGAUACCUGCAGAUGAGACUCAAGAAGCACCGCUGGUACCAACGGAUCUUGAAAACACGCGACCCCCUCAUCCUGUCUUUGGGUUGGCGUCGGUUCCAGACCAUACCUCUGUACCACAUAGAGGACCACAACGGACGCCAUCGCCUACUCAAAUACACACCACAGCACAUGCACUGUGGAGCUUCUAUCUGGGGUCCAAUCACACCACAAGGUACUGGCUUCCUGGCUCUGCAGUCAGUGGCAGGAGUGAAAGCUAAUUUCCGUAUUGCGGCUACGGGAGUCGUCCUUGAUCUGGACAAAUCUGUGACUGUAGUGAAGAAACUUAAACUGAUCGGUUAUCCGUACAAGAUCUUUAAGAACACAUGCUUCAUUAAGGGAAUGUUUAACACUGUUCUUGAGGUUGCAAAGUUUGAAGGAGCCUCUUUAAGAACUGUGUCAGGGGUCCGAGGUCAGAUAAAGAAGGCUCUGUCAAAUCCACCAGGGUCUUACAGAGCCACGUUUGAGGACCGUCUGCUCAUGAGCGAUAUUGUGUUCCUGAGGUCCUGGCUCCCAGUCUCUGUCCCUCAGCUGUACAACCCAGUCACUUCUCUGCUGCUGCCUGUCAGUCAGAAGGACAACUGGUCCGGCAUGAGGACGCUUGGACAGCUCAAGCAUGACCUGGGCAUCCGCAACAAACCCAACACUGACUCUUUAUAUAAGCCCAUUGUUCGAGCCCCAAGACAGUUCAACCGCCUGCACAUCCCCAAAGAGCUGCAGAAGGCUCUGCCUUUCAAGAGCAAGCCCAAGCUGCAUCAGGCCAAAGGAAAAACUCCUAGAGACCUGCAGAGGCCCAGUGUCAUCCGAGAGCCUCAGGAGCGGAAGGUGGCAGCACUGCUCCGUGCGCUGAGCACCGUCCACAACUACAAGGUGAAGAAGGCUAAGACGGCUCAACGAGCCAAGCAUAAGGAGUUUCUUCAGCGGAAGGAACGAGAUGAGAUGGAGAAGGCGAAGCGACAGAGGGAGAUUCGCAAAAAUUUGUACCGAGCAAUGGGCCAGAAGGAGCAGAAGAAACAACGCUCAAGUUUGAAGGGCGCUUCCCAGGAUGAUUAGAAGAACUUGUCCCACUCUUGGAGUUCUCUCCCAGAUAAUUUCUAUACUUUCCAAUGUGUUAAUAUUAAAAAUCUGUGAAGAUGUGACAGACGUGUUUUAAUAAAUGCAGUUCAGCAAGUCAACACACUUACAUUCUCUAGAUCACUACCACAGCUGUAACAGCCUCAGUGUGUGUGCCUGCUUGACCUUCAGCAAAUGUACGGUGGUCUGACAACAGCUGGUAAGUGAGUAUUGACCUGUGCUUCUGCUGACAUGUCUGUAUAACGUCUCCAUCGGGGUAGGUCCUUUCUAUGCACGUUUUUAAAUGUGCGGGUGACCCGAAUCAUACAGUGGUCUGGGAUGAGGAGCUCAGUCCAGCUGCUGCACGGCCAAAUCACU